AUGGCCAUGCAAUACGUCCCCUUUGCGUCAGACAUUGAAAUACCCUUCUACGCCUCACUGGCUUCUCACAAAAUCAAUCAUGACAAACUCGACGACUCGGCCCGGAAACUGUUGGGCCUAUAUGAAAUCCGGCCCGCCGACGCCAAAGAACAUUCCUGCCGCAUGCAAAUACACGCCAACGCUCUCACCAGUAAUGAAGUCCCCGCCGGCUUCUACCGCGCAGAAGGCAUGAUUAAGAACGUCAACACCAUCGAAGAGUACCGCCACAUCGAUAAAUUGGCCCUGAUUCAGCAGGCAGGCAGGACCAUCUGGGACGCCAUCAACGACGGGACAGUUUAUUCUUGUCCCUCGCUUCUCGCCUCAUUUUUUGUCUUGUCGUUUGCAGACUUGAAAAAAUAUAAAUUCAACUAUUGGUUUGCCUUCCCCGCGCUGGUUAUGGAUCUGCCUUGGAUAGCAGUCGGUGGCCAGGCCGCUUCAAUUUCAGCACCCGAAUCCUCCGAUGUGCCGUAUAAGAAGUUAAACUCGAUCGAAAGUACGUCGCUCGUCGACAGUGUCAUGACGUGGAGAUACGGCGUCGAUUCCAGACAACAUGGCUUCUUUCUCGCCAAAAAAGAGCGAUAUUCUCCACCCGCCCGUAUGACGGGCCCGACAUCUCCGCAGUCACCGCUCACGCCAACCUCGAACCUUGGCUUCACAUGGCGCAUCACUUCUCUAUCAGGCUACGAAUCCAGAUUCUUCGAUGGCGUGGACCCCGACGACCGCUUUGUCUGUUUCGCCGAUCCCUCCAACUACACCGAACCCGGUCCCGUCGCACCGGGCUGGAUGCUGCGCAACCUUCUCGUUCUCGUGCGGCAGAGAUGGAAACUGGACCAUGUCCAGAUCCUAUGCUAUCGCGAGACGCCGGCGAGAAGAGACGCCGCCCGCAGUGUGAUUUUCACCAUGGAACUACCGGGUCUGACUCAGAAAAAUCCACCAGCGGCACAGGCCCCGAGCCCUGAAGGUCCUAAGGCGGUGCAGAAACAAGUGCCCAAAGUCGUCGGUUGGGAGCGCAACGCGGCGAACAAGCUCUCUGGCCGCAUGGCCGACCUGACAGAAUACAUGGACCCGAAGAAACUGGCCGACUCCUCGGUCGAUCUGAACCUGAAACUGAUGAAAUGGCGCAUUAGUCCCAACCUCGAUCUGGAGCGGAUCAAGGACACCAAAUGCCUCCUCCUUGGCGCAGGGACGCUGGGCAGCUAUGUGUCGCGAAACCUGAUGGGCUGGGGCGUACGGAAGAUCACAUUCGUCGACAACGGAUCUGUCUCGUUUUCCAACCCGGUGCGUCAACCUUUGUUCAACUUCAACGACUGUCUGGAGGGUGGGAAGAAGAAGGCCCCCUGUGCCGCGGAGGCGUUGCGCAGUAUCUAUCCGGGCGUCGAUGCCGAGGGACAUGUGGUGUCCGUACCUAUGGCGGGACACCCGAUUACGGAUACAGAGAAGACGAAGGCGGAGUACGAGAAAUUGAGGGAAUUGGUUGACGAGCAUGAUGUCAUAUUUCUACUAAUGGAUACCCGGGAGUCGAGAUGGCUGCCGACGGUCAUGGGCAAAGCGGCCGGGAAGAUCGUGAUGAAUGCCGCGUUGGGAUUCGACACGUACGUGGUGAUGAGACAUGGUGUCAAGCUCGACGGCUCCAACCCAGAGCGGCCCGAGCUAGGAUGUUAUUUCUGCAACGAUGUCGUGGCCCCCGCGGACUCGAUGAAAGACCACACCCUCGAUCAACAAUGUACCGUCACCAGACCGGGCAUCGCGGCGAUCGCGUCCGCGCUCCUGGUUGAGCUCCUGGUCUCAGUCCUUCAACACCCCGAAGGCCCUGCGGCACCAGCGUCACUGUCUCCGUCAGAAUACCGUGGCGAGCACCCCUUGGGUCUGGUCCCGCACCAGAUUCGUGGCUUCCUCUCCAAUUUCACCAACAUCAACAUAGCGGGCAAGGCGUAUGACUGCUGUAGUGCCUGUUCCGAAAAGGUGCUGACCGCAUAUCAGGCAGAUGAAUGGGACUUCGUGCAAAAGGCGUUGAAUGAGAAAGACUACGUCGAGGAGCUGAGCGGGUUGAAAGAGGUGCAGAGAGUCGCAGAGGCUGCGGCGGCAGAUAUCGAGUUCAGCGAAGACGAGACCGCGGAGGAUGAAGAUGGCGAGUUGAUCUGA